CGUGUCCUUUUCAGACGAGCGUCAGCUUUGUGAGUUCUCUUGACAAGUUUUGAGCCGUUCACACACUGACUGCUGCUGCUCAUUUGACGUGGACAUCGGCUUGAAGAGGGACUCGGGGUUUCAGCUUGCAUUAGGACAAAUAAAACAAAAUGCCUGGACCAGCAGCAAGUGCAACCAAUGUUGGGGCGUCUGGCCGUUCCCCCAGUAAGACAGUGGCUCCCCGCGCAGCAGGCUCCACAGUCAGGCAGAGGAAAGCUACCAGCAGUGGUACACGCAGCGGCGGCAGGACCACAGGAUCAGCUGGCACUGGUGGCAUGUGGCGCUUCUACACAGAAGACUCGCCAGGCCUCAAAGUCGGCCCGGUGCCAGUGCUGGUGAUGAGUCUGCUCUUCAUUGCUUCAGUCUUCAUGCUGCACAUCUGGGGGAAGUACACCCGCUCUUAAACCCUACCUGAUGACCUCUGACCCUGCACCUCGGCUUCUUAACACAUUGGACCUGGACCAAACAAGAAUUGAACAACAACCUUAUGCCCCUAGCUCCCUUCUCCACUAUCAUUACAACACACAGACACACAAACUGGAUUUUUAUGCAACCAUUUCAGUACAUGAUCUUCAUCUGUAUCUGAUGUUGGUAACCACCUUGUUGUUUUCGUCCACCCAUGUUUUGAACAUCUAAUCGGGUGACCGGGAGGAAGCCACACUAGCACACUUCAGAUGUGAUGUCUUUGUCUGUGUGUAGCCCUCCCUCCAAGCAGCAGCAGCAUGUGUUCCCUCCACUACUGCAUGAAGAUUCAGUGCUGUGCUCAAAGACACUGAUAUUUUCAGGCCCUCAGCAAACAUUUUUUCUUGUAGCCUGAAUUACAUUUUUUUUGUUAACAGCAUUUGUACAAAAUGUGAUUGUAAUAUUGUACAAUUUAUAAAAAGUAAAAAAAAAAG